UACUUCAGAUGAGCUUAUCCAAAAAGGCUCCAAAUUCCUCAAUCCCUUGUCAGUUGUCUCUCUCUCCUAUUUCUGUUUUCUUUGCAAAACAAAGGAAAACAAGACAAGGAGCGGAAAUCCAAAAGAAAAUGUCGGAACCCCUCUUCAUUUCACACACCGUUGCUGCUUCACUCAAGCACAAACUUCAACUUCCAAAACCCAGAAACUAUAUAAUAAACCCAUGGAUGAAUUGCAGUUCAGUUCGACUCACAACUAAAUGUUGUGGCAAAGUCAAUAAUAGAUGGUCCCUUAAUGGCAUGAAUGCUCUUGUCACUGUUGGCACUCGAGGCAUUGGGCAUGCAAUUGUGGAGGAAUUGUGUGGAUUAGGAGCUACUGUGCAUACGUGUGCACGGAAUGAAGAUGAGCUUGGGACAUGUUUGAGGAGCUGGAAAGAUGAGGGCUUUGCAGUGUCUGGCUCCUUAUGUGAUGUGUCUUCUCAAGUUGAUCGCCAGAAGUUAAUGGAAGUUGUUUCUUCUACAUUCGACGGGAGGCUCAAUAUUCUUAUAAACAACGUGGGGACCAAUAUUCGCAAAGCUAUGGUGGAUUUUACAGCUGAAGAGUUUUCCACUCUCAUGGGAACAAAUUUUGAAUCUGUCUUCCAUCUGUCUCAGUUGGCUUAUCCCCUUCUGAAAGAAUCUGGAGCUGGAAGUGUUGUGUUCACUUCUUCUGUCUCAGGUUUUAUCUCAUUGAAAUCUAUGUCUGUACAAGGAGCAACAAAAGGAGCAAUUAAUCAACUUACAAAAUAUUUGGCAUGUGAGUGGGCUAAAGACAACAUCAGGAGUAAUGCUGUUGCACCUUGGUACAUCAAAACAUCCAUGGUGGAACAAGUGCUGAGUAACAAAGAGUAUUUGCAAGAAGUAUAUGACCGGACUCCACUUGGGCGUCUGGGAGAACCAUCCGAGGUUUCAUCUCUUGUGGGAUUCCUUUGUCUUCCUGCAUCUUCGUACAUCACUGGCCAGAUAAUCUGUGUUGACGGUGGAAUGUCUGUAAAUGGCUUUUACCCUCACCAUGGCUAGAGGAAUAGAGCCUCUAGGUAUGUAGUAUCACAACAUUUCAUAGGAAAAUUUUGUCCAAAUGCAUUAAAUGCAUCGUUGGCUGGACCUUCCAUUGUGUUGGAAAAAGUUUUUUUGGAAGAUCAAUUUUUGACUGUUGGCUCAUUGACUAGUGGUAGCUUAGGAAUUAAAUUACUAUUUAGGUAAUCUUAACCUUAGUGCUCGUUCAUUUUGGCAAUAUGAGCAUUCAAACCAACUGGUUGAGCAGGCUAAAAGUACUAUAUCAUUUCGUCCCAUUUUUCCAAUGCA